AUGGUUGCCUGCGGAUAUUUUCCAACUGCGCCAUGUACCGCCGCUACUAACUCCAACGUUCAGUUCACUGAUCGUUUAGCCGUAGUCGAUGAUAAUGUAGAGGCUGCGACCUACAGCAUUACCGUCCGCGAUAAACAGAGGCCACCUGUCCAGUGGUUAAGAAACCUCAAAUGCAGGGUGUCCAUCGAAAAGGAGCAGCUCGUCUGCGAUGCUGAAAACAUAUCUGAAACGCUGUCGACAAAAUCUGAUUUCGUGACGCAGAUCUUCAGCAAAGUCCCAAAGGAGCAAAAUACCAAUGGCGGAAAAGACGAAGGAAUACAGUGCCUCAUAUUAUCGGAAUUGUGUAGAGAAGCGGUAACGCAGACCAUGGAAGGUUUAUUUCUUCAGUGGCAAUACGACGUAAAGGAUGAAGCGAUUGAAUGCUGCAUUGGGUCAGAGGGCAAUAUAGAUACAGCGUCGCAGACCGACAAAACUGUGUCAGUACGUCGGAAACGUUGCAUGAAUGACGAUGGCAUACCGUGCAUCGUUGGCCCGCAGCAGAACAACGGUAAUCAAAUGCAGGUUUCUCAUUCGUACCUCAGAGCAGUGCCUAAUCUUGCGGAGAGUGGCGUUCAUUACAAUCAGGACUUCAUAUUUCAGCUGUGUUCAUUCGCCUUACUUCUAGAUCUGAAUGCAAAUCUAGAAAGAAGCACUAAAGAAGUAGGAGACCUUAAAUCUCAGGUAGAGUCGCUGCGUUUGGCUUUGGAGGACCAUCAAAAUAAAGCGUCAAUUCGAAUACAUAAUCUCCGCGAAACAUGUUCAAUACGAAUGAUGAUGGACGAACGCCGGAUUCGCAUUUUGAACAAGCAACUGAGAGAGAAGGAAGAUGUGAUCGAACAAAGCCGCUGGGAUCUAGCGUCAUCACAGGCCGAAGUCAAGCAGCUACGGAACGAACUGUCUGUACUGAAAAAGAGCUUCUCUGAGAGAGAUGGUUCUGCCAUGUCGAAAGACGAAUUUAAGUCGACGAUAUUGACCUUGCAGCAUCGUCUAACUGAGAGUAACCAUCGUUGUUCAGUUCAUCAGGAUACGAUUAGGCGUUUUGAAGCUGAAAACAGACAUUUGAAGGAAAGGAUGAAUGAGAUUCUUGAACAAAAGCUCCGUCGGUACGUUGAUGCCAAGAAGCAAGAGAGCGCUUAUGCUGAGGCGAAGGAAGCCUGGAUCACAAGGGAAUCUGCCUUAAUUACGCAGUUAGGAAAAGAAAGACAAAUCGUUGCAUCAAUGAUGGCGAAGAACGACAGUGUGUGUAGCGAUAUACAAGAGACUUUGCAUCAGUUGAAUUCUUUUCAAAAAUUUGGAGAAGGCGCUGGAAAAGUCAACAAAACCUACGCAAAAACGUUUAAUUCCUUGCACGAGAAGACCAAAACUGUUCUUACGAAAAUAAUGCAAACCUUGCAAGAGAACCAUACCAAAAUGCUGAGUGAUAAUGCUGCUCAGCAGAUCGACACCGCAUCGACACUGGAUAGAAAGAUCACCAGUCUAAAGUCUGAAACCUAUAAGCUUCCUCAGCUGAAUCUCGCAUUAGACAGUGAAGGCAUCGAUGAAUACUACCAGCAGGGUACAGAUAAGAUCAAAACUGUUGUCUGGUCUUCCAUUCGGGCAGCAACUUCGAGUGCCGGGAAACUUAAAGCUGAAAAGGAAACUUUACUAGCAAAGUUAGAAAACAUGGAACUUUUGGAAGAGCAGUACAGGCGGCUUUCAUCCGAAAACUUGAAUCUCAAAAACCGUCUUUGCACCGAGAGACAAAAGGUCACGGACCUUGAAGAAAAAGUAGUCGUCCUGACUCGCAAAUGCGAUAGCAUGGCUUUAUCGAUCGCCCAUUCUGAAGAACCUGCGGCAGGCGUGGAAUCAAUCGUAACCUUACCGUGUAACGAAAAAGAAAACGGAAAAAGGCGAAAUCCGGAACUUCGUCCCCCAAUCUUUCACGAACCGAUUGCGAAUACAGAUCAAGGAAAAUCGACUUCAGCGACACCUCGUUCAUCAAUGGGACAUGAAGAUCGCUUCCUGGUCGGCCAAACAAUGGUGGAUUCCAGUUUGGAUGACAGUAACAAUAACGAUGUUACGUGCACCACGAAUAAAAUGCUGCAAUGGGAUAGUAGUGCCGAGCCUGACAGCAUCGACCAUAAAAAUAGCUUCAAGGACCACAGCUCUGUAUCGCAGCCUGAAACUGUCGACGUCGAAGUUCGUGGCCAAAUCGCGAUGACGAAGACUCAGACGGAUGUAGGGGCGGAAAAAGAACAAAAGACACAGACGUCGACUUACACCUAUGAACGCUUAAGCGACACCAGCUUUAAACUUAUCCGAUUACAGACCCGCGAAUCAGUUACUUUUCCGAAGUCAAAGUUGAUUUCUACGGCUUGUUCAGAUGCUCGGUUCACAGACGGAUCGGCGAUCAUUUCUGACGAACGUGAUGGUCCAAAGGCUGCGUCGAACGAUAUAACUCAGAACGACGAACUGAAGCGUUGUAAGCAGCCUCUGAAGUGUGAAAAGGUCUUGAAGGAAGUCCAACCACGCCUGUGCUAUCCUGAAAAAGGUUCGAAGCGCGACCGGUCAAAGUUACCACUGGAUCGCUAA